AUGAGCUGCAGCAUGAAGAGAACAUCCAGUACCUCUUACAGGAGCGGUGGUGGUGGUGGUGGUGGUGGAGGUGCCUGUGGUGGUAGCAGUGGCAGGAGUUCCUCUGCCUCCUGCAGGAGAUAUGCCUCCUCCAUGGCAGGUGGUGGCAGCUAUGGCGGGGGAGCUUGCGGCACUGGCAGUGGAGGGGGCAUGAACGGUGGCAGCCAUGCUGGGGGCUUUGGGGGUGGCCUUGGAGGAGGUGCUGGGGGUGAAGGCCUUCUGAGUGGCAAUGAGAAGGUCACCAUGCAGAACCUCAACGACCGCCUGGCUGCUUAUCUGGACAAAGUGAGGAUGCUGGAGGAAGAAAACACUCAGCUGGAGCAGAGCAUCCGGGAGUGGUACCGCAAACAGGCACCCACUGACUCCAAGGACUACAGCUCCUACUACCAGACCAUCGAACAACUCCAGAACCAGAUCAUUUCUGCCACAGUGGACAACAACAAACUGGUUCUGGACAUUGAUAACAGCAAGAUGACUGCUGAUGACUUCCGAAUGAAGUAUGAGAAUGAGCUGGUCAUCCGUCAGAGUGUGGAGUCUGAUAUUAAUGGCUUGAGAAAUCUCCUGGAUGACUUAACUCUGGUUAGAUCUUCACUGGAAUCAGAGCUGGAGUCCUUGAAGGAUGAGCUGAUGGCUCUGAAGAGAAACCAUGAGGAGGAACUCAGACAGAUGCAGUCUCAAACUGGUGGUGAUGUGAACGUGGAGGUCAACGCUGCCCCUGGAGUAGAUUUGACAAAGAUACUGAAUGACCUGAGAUGUGAAUAUGAGCAGAUCAUUGAGAAGAACCGCAGAGAGGUUGAGCAGUGGUAUGAAGCCAAGAUUGAAGAAGUCAAUCGCCAGGUCACCACGAGCAGCCAGGACAUGGAGAUGAGCAGCCAGCAGCUCACUGAACUGAAACGGGAAAUGCAGAACCUGGAGAUCGAGCUGCAGACACAGCUCAGCACGAAAUCCUCUCUGGAAAGCUCUGUCGCAGAAACAGAAUCCCGCUAUGGCUGUAUGCUGCAACAAAUCCAAGGGCAGAUCAACUGUGUAGAGGAGGAGCUGGCCAGCAUCCGCUGUGAGAUUGAGAGUCAGAACCAGGAGUACCAGAUGCUCCUGGGCAUCAAGACCCGUCUGGAACAGGAGAUUGCUCAGUACCGGGCACUGCUGCAGGAGGGACAGCAAGGCAUGACAUCAUGCCAAGGAGCUGGUCAGGGAGGGGGAACAUCCUCCCAGUCUUAUUCUUCUAGUUCCUACUGUCAAGGUUCAUCUGGUGAUUCCACAGGACAAUCAAGAGUGUGUUGAGAUACCACCAACGGACAGAUCUUGCCUGAUGCCAUCUGAGCAGCCCAGCCUCCAGCACAGCAAUCCCCACAGCACAGUCACUGUGUGCCCUCCAGCACACAGAGUGCUCUACUAAUAUUAUUCAUGAAGCUGAGAUGAAUAAUUUACAGGACUCUCCUAAAGUGAUCUUCUUCUGUGUUCUUAUAUUGUUCACCUGCAGUGACUGUGUACCAAUUGGUUAC